UCUACAGUCUCCUGCUGUCACUUGCCAUUUGCAUCGCAUCAGUAGCUGUGUUUACUGCCCAUCCGCUUCUGCUGCUGCCAAUCCUGCUGAGCAUUAUGGGUAUGGUGUGUCUGGUGGUGGCGGUGAUGUAUUGGCUGGGAUGGGAGAUGGGUGCGGUUGAAGCCAUCUCUCUUUCCAUAUUGGUGGGCUCUUCGGUGGACUAUUGCCUUCAUCUAGUGGAGGGAUAUUUACUGGCGGGGGACGCUGACACCUCAGGACUAGCUAAUCACAGUUCGGAGUCCUCCAUCAAACGGCAGCUACGGACCCUUGAAGCAGCCAAUCACGUGGGCGUUGCUAUAGUUUCCAGUGCCGUCACUACGGUGAUUUCAACCAUUCCGCUCUUUUUUUGUGUCAUCGUGCCUUUCGCCAAGUUCGGUCAGAUUGUGGCCAUCAACACGGCCAUUUCCAUCGCCUUCACGCUCACCGUCACGACCGCACUGCUGGCCACAAUGGGACCCAGCGACUUCACCCGUCCUCCCAGAGCCGUGCUCAAAGCCACUCUGGUGGUCCUGAUCGUGGGGGUCUGUGGAGGUCUGCUGUGGUGGACCGGGUCACAGUUCGCUCAGGACACACUGGUCUGAAUCACACAUCCUUCACCGGCCGAGGAACCAGGUGGAUUUCAAGUGAGCAACUGUGAUUAUUUGUGACGUUAAGAUGACAUGUGUGAACUCUUUGGGAAGCAGGUUUGGGAAAAUGAAGUAUUUGACACAUGUGGCACACUGUUAGAAAUUAGGAAACCCAGUAUGUGAGUAGUUAACAGUGCAUGAAGGUAGCGAGUCCUGACAGAUGUGGGAAAUUAUGUCAGACACAUUUAGGUGAAUCUUUGCUAUCAAGAAUCGCUGUGUCAGGGACUUGCGUUUAAAUGUUAUUGUUUGACUAAAAGAGCCGACUAGUCUUAUUUUGGUUCAAGUGUGACAAGGCCCUGAAGUCUCAGAAGAGAAGAACAUGAAUUCUGUGAAUUCAUCUUGUGUGAGGCAGCAGGACAACAACG